AUGGACACGACCGCCUUCGAGGACACUCCGCCCGACAUAGGCAAGGAGCUGAACCUCCAUGACCUUCUCGCUCGCCCUGACGACGACAUCAACCUGCCCAUCUCCGCCGCACUCGCUGCUGUUCGUCUGUUGGCCUAUUUGGGCCUUGCUGUCGCUGCCUUGUGUGUGCUCAUUGUCGCCUACUGCUUCACGCUGACUUGGCUGGCUCUCCUGUGGCUCCAGACCCAUUUGCUGGUCUUUCACACCCAACUGCUGCGACUGACGAUCGAUACACCGCUGCCUGCACUGCAGCUCCGCCGUACCGAGGAAGCGAAGAACGAUGCGCCCGUCACUGACGGACCCUCGACUGAGCCAUCGGCCACCGAGACAUCCUCGCGGCCCCUUGCCGAAGAGGUUGUCACUGAGAAGGCAACAGAGCCUUUCAACGACCAGACUGAAGUAGAAGCAAGCGACGAGCAGACUCCCGUGAGCCAGUCCCCAGCGACGGACACCACGGUCGCUCCAGUGGUGGCACCUCGUGCCAACCCAUUCAAGGUCGCCGCCGCUCAACUCGACGAAGCACGCAACUUCUCGAGAUCGGUCAAGACAGGCACCAAGAGAGAGCGAGGCUUGCGCCAGCAGAGCCUUGCUAUCCAGUCCAACCAGGUGAAGCAGCCUACGGGCACGCCUGUCUCCGCUGUCACGACGCCUUCCCAGCUCACCAAUGUCACGAACGGUAGCUCUCCGCCAGUCGAUUUCGUGCCUCCACACAAGCGGAAGACCAUGGAAGCCGAGGCGAGGAGAGCAGCAGCUGCUGCUGCUAAGACCUUGGUUGAUCGCGGCACACCGAAAAUGGACAUCGACAACGUCGGUAUUGCUGUUGAGAAUGAUCUGGACGAUGCCAAAGACCAGACUGAGGAAACUUCUGUUGAGCCGUCGAAUGUCAAAAGCACCCUGAUCGCAAAUGACCUCUCCAAGCGCCCGCAGACUGGCGAGGAGAUCAUCACGCCGGACUGCUCAUACACAGUAUGCAACGAUACGAAUCGCCAAUACGACCACGAUGCCCCACAUACGAUCCAGCCCCUGCCGUACGACCACAGGGCCGCAAUGGUUAGCCCGAUGGAAGAGAUCUUUCAAUCUGCCCGCCGCCAGCGGUACCCGAACGCAGCCGUCUACACCGCCGACCCAUGGCAACCGCAAGGCCGUGAAGGUCUACUGAUUGAGAUUGGUCCGCCAUUCAUUCACAUCGACGACACGGCUCAGCACGAUUCGCAAGAGUUCAGCUCCUUCAAAGGCAAGCAAACCGUGGCUCGCAACUAUGCACCCAAUGAGGACACACCGCGCGCGCUCUCUGCGUUUCCUGACGAGCUUUCUUCAACAACACCAACCAUAGAAGACAAAGCUACAGACGAUGGAGAGUGUGAUCACUGGGGUGUGCUGCCGAGGCCAACCAGCACUGUCGUCAACCGUACGCCACCUGGCCUUGGACCAGCUGUUCAUGAUCGUCAGACCUCAUUUGACGCUCUCCUCCUUGGCCCAACACCUCACCUGAAGCAGCCCACAGACGAGAACGACAACGAGAGUCCAGUCACCGAGAUUUGGAGCCCACAAUCGGACUCCACCGCUUCCAAAGCUGAUUCGCCUCACCUUUAUCACGACGAUGCCAUCUCUGGAACACAGUCUGAUGAUGCGUCUUCAUCUGGCUCCUCUGAUGAGGACGCGGGCGAGGGGUCUUCCUCGGGCUCCUCUGAGGGUGAGAUGGGGAACGGAUCUUCCUCUGGGUCGCCUGACGAGGGUGCGUCGGACGAGGCUGCCGCUGGCUCUUCGGAUGAGGAGGAUCAAGGCGACCUACUUGAUCUUUCGUCCAAUUCUUCUGAAGUCCAAGAUCAGCACGAUCUGGGUGAAUAUGAGCCGCACAGCAGUCAGACUCUGACAAUCCAGUCAGCCGCUGCAUCUAGCGAUGACAUCAGACAGCAAGCCAGUGGAGAACGGGAGACAGAGAGUGGCAAUAUCACGGAGCUGAACAAAAAGGCCGCUGCGAAAGUGAGACGUGAAGCACGUCAACUGCUGAAGCGCAAGUGGGUUGAGCGUGACAUUCUCCGAGUGAACCUCAUUAGCACUUCCUCGAUCGAGAACAUACGGCGACUGGAGACUGCCACUGCCGCCUACCUGGAUCAGCGCACUGUGCUAGCCGGCCUCAUGCCUACCGGUACUCUCAACGAGCUGGACAAGGAGUGGUUUCCUGUCUUCCCGUCUAUCGAUCUCAUGCGUCCAGCGGUCACCCCAGACGGCGCGCAGCAAAUGCGACAGGAUGUGAAGCGCGAGAUGGCUGCCGCCGCUGCGGAAGAAGCCAUUCGCAACCCCCCUCCGCCUGAGCCUACCCCUAUCGAAAAGGCCACUAAAUCAGCUGACAGCGCUCUUAAACUCCACUUGAGCGCUCUCGAGUACUCCCAGACUGUUGAUAAGGGCAUACCAUUCAAGAAGUGGAAGGAUACUGCGGACAAGAAGCUCACUCGUGCACACAAGUACUACAUGGUCAAGCGUCAGAACUUGAUCGAUCUUUACGGUGAUGCUGGACUGCCGGCCGACGUAGCUGACUUGUAUCCAUCGCUUGACUGA